AUGGCUGAUUCUUACCGAUAUCCGCAUAUUCCGCGAUUUUUGCCAAACGAUCCGAGUCUUUGGUUUCUUCAAGUUGACUCUUCAUUUAAUGUAGCGCGAAUUACUACUGAAUUAACCCAGGCUGAUACCGUAAUAGAGGCUCUCGGUCCUGAUGUUCUGGCCUGCAUUAAAGAUAUUAUAUCUGUCCGCCCUCGGCCUGUGAACCUUUACACACAAAUCAAAGAAAGAAUUACAUCUUCUUAUGCGGUUUCCGCUGAAACUCGCCUUCGCCAACUUCUCAAAGGAGAAGUUUUGACUCCCGGUAAACCGUCCUUUAUACUUACUCGAUUAAGAAAUUUAAACGAAUUUGGGUGCAGUAACGCUGUUCUUAGAUCCAUCCUUCUCGAUCAAUUGCCUCCUCAUGUUAGAGCUAUUUUAUCCGUUGGGGAUUUAGAGGAUUUAAAGGCUUUGGCCCAAAUUGCUGACAAGAUUGUUGAGACGUACCAACCUAACACUUUUCAGUCUUCUGAGGUCUCGGCGAAGCCUGCUCAGAAUCAGCAAAUCGCGGCGGUCGCGCACACUGCCCCUACGUCUGAUGCUCUUGAACCUACGCUUCGUCAAAUUAUUCAAAGACUAGAUAAGGUCGAAGCUGCAUCGAGUCGAUCUCGUGCCCCGUCUCGUUCAGGGCCUUCUCAGAGAAAUCGUGCGCGUUCUUCAAGUAGGAAUUCGAGGCGAUUGUGUUACUAUCACUCCCGCUGUGGCAAGGAGGCUCAUCGGUGUAAUCAACCGUGUGAUUAG